UAUAUUUAAUUUUCCCACGAAUCGAUUCUCAGUUUUCAGUAGUAAAGUGUCGAAUGUUGAUUGAGAAAAAGAAGAGUUCAAUGAAAAGUGUCAAAGUCAAAUUCAUUCAUUUAUUUUUCAUUCAUAAAAAUUAAAAAAUUAUCAUUUUUUUUGUAUGAUAAACGUAAAAAAACCCGUAAAUAUUGUAUAGUUUUUCAAAUUAUUAGUGCCUGCCUGUUAUUUGGUUGUAAAACGAUGUCAUGUUAACUCAAGAGAGGGAAGAAAAUAGUUGUUGAAAACAGAUUCCUACUUAAUCAACAAAAUGACCCCAUUAAACCAGUAACAAUAUUUCAAGAAAACAUCAUAUAGAAAAUUAUUUUGUAACAAAAAUGAAAAUAUUUUUUUAAACUUUUACAACUAUGACUGAUCUCGAAAACUAUGCUGGUAGCAGGCUUUUGGAAGGACUGAGCGGCUACACCAGUUUGAAUGUGGACCAAUUGAAUUUCAUCGUGUCCCAACUUGUUGCCCUAGGAUUGGCAGGACUAUACAGGACAGUCCUAGGACCAGCUAAAGUUAGUCCCAAAGUAAGACACAUAUUUGGACUACUGUUUGGAAUAUGGAUGUCAUAUUUUUGUUUCGGUUAUCAGGCCCUUCAUCUUGCUGGAUUACCAGCUGUAUGUUAUUUGGUACUUCUAACACAAAAACCCUCAAUAAUGCACGGCGCAGUAUUAUUUACUGCCAUGUUGUAUUUGUCCGUGGUGCACUUGCAUCGACAAUUUCUCGAAGAUAGUUCAUUUGGACUGGACAUAAGCGGCCCUCUAAUGGUAAUUACACAAAAAGUUACCAGCCUGGCUUUCAGUUUACAUGAUGGCCUUAAAGACGAAGAAGAAAUGACUGAAACUCAAAAGCAUUACGCUUUAAAAAAGAUGCCUAGUUUGUUGGAGUUUUUCAGUUACAGUCUAAUGUUUCCAUCAAUAAUGGCCGGUCCAGCAAUAUUCUACAAAGACUAUAUAGACUUUAUCGAAGGAAACUCGAUAGCAACAUACAAAAAACCAGCCCAAUCAUCUAAAACCAUUGUAGUUCGUGAUCCUAGCCCGCUAAGAGCUGUGUGCCAAAAAAUGACUCUGGCCCUUAUAUGCGCCCUAGUGUUUGUACUUUUCCUGCCCAGAUUCCCAAUAUCGAGGGUGAAGGAACAAAAUUUCAUAGAAAAUACAACGUUUAGCUACAAAUUUUGGUACCUGACUGUGGCCACAUCUUUGGUGCGUGCCAAGUAUUAUUUCGCCUGGACUUUAGCGGAUGCCAUUUGUAAUAAUGCGGGAUUGGGAUGGGACGGGGAAACUUGGAGUAAAUUUUCGAAUGUUGAUAUUUUUCAUUUUGAGUUUGGGACUAGUUUGAAACAAAGCAUCGACUCUUGGAAUAAAGGCACGAAUUCCUGGUUGAGGUUUAUCGUUUAUAAAAGGGUUACGAAUUAUUCUACUUUGAGUACGUUUGUUUUGAGUGCUAUUUGGCAUGGGUUUUAUCCAGGGUAUUAUUUAACUUUUCUCAGUGGAGCUUUGUUUACUUUUGCAGCCAGAUCGAUGCGACGUCUUUUGAGGCCCUAUUUUAUAACCACAAACGAAUCCAAACUCCUAUAUGAUUUGAUCACGUUUUCUGUAACAAGAUUCGUAAUGGCUUACAUCACAUUCACAUUUGUUUUGCUCGAGUUUAGGAGUAGUAUUGUAAUUUAUGACAAAUUGUAUUGGGUGUGGCACGUUUUAGCUCUAUUGGCUAUUUACGUGGCACCUCAAAUUAUACCCAAAGCCCAGCUGAAUCACAAGAACGGUAUUGCGAUGGCUCUAAGUAAGGCAGGGCCGUAUUCCGAUGCUAUGGGCAAAAUUGACUGAUUUAAUUUUAGAUAAUAUUAUUGCUUCCUUUGAAAAGCUUUUGUGUAACUGUUAAUAUAACUCACUUCCAUAAAAGACUAAUUACUUAUCAUCACUUGCACUGAAAUUAAGGGUAAUACGAUCAAAAAAUUAUAUAUUAUUAAUUUGUUCCUUUAACUCUCAGUUUAUUAUAUUAUAUGUUUUUUCCAUUUAUAAAUGUAUUUACUCUAUUUUAUAUACGGUUUAAAUACGGGAUUAACACCCCGAUGCACAAAAUAAUUGUUGCUACUAAUUUUUAUAUUAAUGUACCUAGAAUUAUUUUAAAAAAGAAAAAUGUUUAUAUUUUAUAAAAGGUGAAGCUCGAAUUAUACCAUUUUGUUACCAAAAAUAAUAUUUUUGCUGUAUUGAAAAGGGUUGUUUUAUUUUAGUGAUAUUUUG